UUGUUGUCAUCAUGUGGUUUUAAACUUGUCAUCUAACAGGAUGGGGGACAUGGCACAAGACGAGACAAGCUUCUACUCCAACGCUGAGGAUUACUGGAGGGACGUGUCCCCCACAGUGGACGGGAUGCUGGGAGGCUACGGCAGCAUCUCCAACAUCGACAUCAAUGGGUCAAAGGCGUUUCUGCACAAGUUCCUCGGUGAAGGGGACGGGAAGACGGGGACGGGCUGCGCUCUGGACUGUGGCGCCGGCAUCGGGAGAAUCACCAAGCGCCUGCUGCUGCCUCUGUUCGACAAAGUGGACCUGGUGGACGUGACGCAGGAGUUCCUGGACAAAGCCAAGACGUACCUGGGGGAGGAGAGCAAGAGAGUGGGGAACUACUUCUGCAGCGGCCUGCAGGACUUCGUACCCGAGAGCGGACGCUACGAUGUCAUCUGGAUCCAGUGGGUCAUCGGUCACCUGACAGACGACCACCUGGUGGAGUUCCUGCGUCGCUGCCAGAAAGCCCUGCGGCCCAACGGCCUCGUCGUCAUCAAGGACAACAUGUCGUACGAGGGCGUGGUCCCUGACGAGGUCGACAGCAGCGUGUGCCGCGAGCUGGCGAUAGUUCGCAGUCUGGUGAGCAGAGCCGGCCUUCGCAUCGUCCACGAGGAGCAACAGAUGAACUUCCCCAAGGAGAUCUACCAGGUCCACACGCUGGCCCUCAGAUAGACAGGAAGCACGGCGGCCUCCUAUAUUUAAGUGUUUUUAUGUUGAGAUGGUGUUUCAGCAAAUCUAUUCAUCAUGUUUCUGGAAGUGUUCUGUCGUGUGAUGAGUUGUGGAGCGUGUGCGUUGCUUAAAGCCGAGCCGUGUUGUCAGGACACACGAUAAAGUAACAUCACGCCUUCGUCCAGCUCCCGUCCAAGACAAACUCCAGCUUCCUGUUUUAGUCUCUCAGGUCAAAGGUCACGUCGGCCAAUAGAAACUGAUGCUCUGUGUGAAGCAGGUCAAUCGGUUUUCUGCCACGACGAACAACAGCAGCACGUUUGUUACCGGCUGUGGAAGUGUGACAUCACAUCCUGUACUGGAGCAGGAAGACUCACGCGUCUGUCACGUUACGUUUUUGUUCCAGUUUCCAGAAGUGGAGCAUCUUCAUCCCUUUUAAUCCUGUAACACCACAAACUGUCAUCUCGUUACCGAGUUGUGUUUUAUCAGAAAGAACGACGACCUGUAAAAUAAAGACCUGCUGCUCCUCUGCUACAGACCUCGCUGAGUUUUAAACCCUCCAGAACUUCGACAGGAGAAUAUCACAUCGUAGCCUGUGGUACCAUGGAUGGUUAAAAUAUUACGGCUGAUAAUCAGAUCUGGAGAUACGAGACAGAGACACGAUAUUAAGAUACAAGUUUUUAAAUGGAAUCUUUGGCUUUUGGAUCUUCUGAUAUUUGCAGUUGUUCUCUUUGACUCUGGAUCUUUAUUAAGAAUAAAACUAUGAAUUCAUUGAAA